UCCUCGGAAGAACUUCAAAACGAUCGCGUUUUGCAACCGCAACAUGCAUGGUAAAAGCAAAGCACAGUGUAUAAUAAUAGCGUCAUAAGUGGCGUGAUCGGUAUGACUGUGUGACUGUGAAGAGAACGUUGAGUGAGCUCAUUCAUCGUUUCGUCGGCGCUGUGGCGAGUUGAAUAAGCACGGGCCUGGCCGACGCCUCAACUCGUCAACGCGAAUAUAUAAUCAACAUUAAGACAUUCCGCGUUCAUUAUUGAAUUUAGCGCCAAUAAGUCGGCACGCCGAACCGCCCUGGCAUUUUAGGCAACUGUGAUAUAAUACGUUAGUAACCUAUUCAAAGAUUUUUAGGUUAAUCCUAUACCGGUGAUAUCAGUUUGACGUCCCGUUUGAAAACCUACCGUGUUUCGUGUUCUUCAGUGUGAUUAAUUGAAGUAUUAUAUCAUUUGAAAUAUGGAGGCUUCCGUGAAUUAUAACUUGGAUGUCACACCAAACUACUCUUAUAUAUUCGAAUUUGAAAACGAGUUCAUUCACCAAAAUUAUAGGAAAUGGAUGACUGAAAAUUGGACUGUGGCUUUCUAUUAUGUUGGAGUUUAUAUGGCUUUUAUUUUCGGUGGCCAGUACUACAUGCAGAACCGUCCCAGGUUUGAAUUGAAGCGGACACUGAUAGUAUGGAACAGCGGCCUGGCGUUGUUUAGUAUAAUGGGGGCGUGUCGCACGCUACCGGAGUUCAUACACGUGCUGCGGAACCACGGCCUCUACCAUUCCAUCUGUGUGCCCAGCUUCAUCGAGCAGGACAAAGUGUCGGGUUUCUGGACGACAAUGUUCGUGCUGUCGAAGGUGCCGGAGCUGGGUGACACGGUGCUGAUCGUGCUGCGCAAGAAGCCUCUCAUCUUCCUGCACUGGUACCACCACAUCACCGUCCUGCUCUACACCUGGUUCUCCUUCACUGAGUAUACCUCCUCCGCGCGCUGGUUCGUUGUUAUGAACUACUGUGUGCAUAGUGUAAUGUACUCAUACUACGCGCUGGUCAGUAUGGGCAAGUACCCUCCGCGGAUGUUGGCUAUGACCAUCACGUUCCUCCAGCUGUCGCAGAUGAUCGUCGGCUGCGCCAUCAACAUCUGGGCGCACAACUACCUCGCCACCGCGCCCCCGCACUCCUGCCACAUCAGUCAGAUAAACAUAAAACUAUCUAUGGCCAUGUACUUCUCAUACUUUGUCCUUUUCGCACACUUCUUCUAUAAAGCCUAUCUCGCACCGAAACGGGGCAAGAAGGCUAAAGUGGAACCUAUCCCAGAGGAACCUAUGAAGGAGGCCACCAAGAUCGAGUACACCGGCUAUCCCAGACAGAGACAAAACGGCGUCGUCCACUAGUCUUGUGAUAUUCGAUAGUUUAAGUGAUGCGGCUCGAUGGGGUUAAGCUUGGGCCAUGCGAUCUUAUACGCUUAAUGGUGCGAAGUUUUUUCCAAUGUUGAAAAAUUGAAUCUUUACUUUAAAAUCGCUGUAGUCGAUUUCACAUUUAGUGAAGUGACGUCGCCUAAUGUAUUGUAUAAAGAAGCAAAUAAUUAAAAAUGAAGGUCAAAAGUUUAUUGUAAAUUUGCAUAGUUGGUUUGUAACAUUUCUUUUUUGCAAUGU